GACCGAGUAUCGGGAGGCCAAGGAAAGGAGGCGAGCGAAGGACUUCCUCGUGGGGAGGGAGCUGGAGCUGCCGAGAUUCGGGAGGCCGCGCUGGGCCUGUUGAGCUAGACGUCCAAGCGCGUCGGAGAGUUCAGUCAUGUCUACACAAGCGGUGAUGCGCGCCCUGCGCAAGAACAAGACCCUUCGCUACGGAGUCCCCAUGCUGGUGCUGAUUGUUGGAGGUUCUUUUGGUCUUCGUGAGUUUUCACAAAUCCGCUACGAUGCUGUGAAAAUUAAAAUUGAUCCUGAAUUAGAAAAAAAGCUGAAAAUGAAUAAAGUGUCAUUGGAAUCAGAGUAUGAGAAAAUAAAGGACUCCACUUUUGAUGACUGGAAGAAUAUUCGAGGACCCAGGCCUUGGGAAGAUCCUGACCUCCUCCAAGGACGAAAUCCAGAAAUCUUUAAGACUAAGACUAAGACAACCUAAGUGGAUUCUUUCUUUCUUUCUUUUUUUCUUUUUGACAAAAAUGCCAUCCACUGGAAUUCUUGCUACAUAUUCAGUGGGAAGAAAAUCUCAGACCUGCAGAAGCCUGGAUGCGAGCAAUGUGAUGACAGAUACUUUUGAUAAAAGUCAAAGUAACAUCACACAGUGAUUUUAUGUCAAACCUAUGUAGAAAAAUAAUACUGAUCACAGGCUGAUAAGAGUUUUGGUUUUGCUUAUAAUACUACUAAUCAGUCUCCAAAGUCUUAACCUGAUGAUUGCAUUGAUACCAUCAGAACAUGUUAAGAAAAUACCUCUCCAGACUGAGAGAAAAUAUUUGUCGACCACAUAUCUGCUAAAAGACUCAUAUCUAGAAUAUAUAAAGAGCUCCAAAAACUCAAUUGUAAAAAAGCAAACAAUCCAAUCAGAAAAUGGUCAAAAGACAUAAAGUGACAUUUCACUGGAGAGGGUAUAUGAAUGGCAAACAGGCACCUGAAAAGAAUGAUUGACAUCACUAGUCAUUAGGGAAAUACAAAUUUAGACUACACUGAGAAAUCACUACACAUUUAUUAGAACAGCUAAAAUAAAAAAGGGACAAUUCCAAAUGCUGGCAAAGAUGUGGAGAAACUAGAUCUCAAACACAUUGCUGGUAUAAUGUAAAAUGGUACAAGUGGUCUGGAAAAUUCUUUGGCAGUUUCUUUAAAAACUGCAUAGGGGACUUCAGUUUCCGGUCCAACAGAUAGGAACCUUGGAAGUCACACCUGCCAUCCUCACACAAAGGAUAAGCUGAAAAAACUGAAAAUCAACAACUAUUCUUUGAUCCAUGAGAGAAUUGAGGACACAGAACAAAACCACCACUGGAAAAUUUGAGACACGCAAAUACAGAGGAUCACAGGUUACCUGGAGGAGAAACCACCUGGAAGCCACAUCAGAUCCCGUGGGGCCAGGAGAUUACAGGCUGGGCGAAUCGCCUCGGCCGCCUCAGCUACUUGUGUCCUCUGUGUGCAGAGUUGGCUCCCCAAGGACCUGCUGAUGCCUUCAGCGCAUCAGAACCACAUAAACCCUGCACUCCACAACCAGGAGUCCUAACAAAGCACAGACGAGAAAAUCUUCCACAUCUGGUGUUCUGAGGAGCUGCCAACCAGCUGGGCUCUACUCCCUUUCUACAGCUAUUCCCUCUGCCUUCAUGCUUUGUGCUCCGCUUUCUCCUAUUUUUUUCUCACCUCCCUUUUCUUGCCAACAUAAACCUUGACACCAGAAA